CAGGUGUAGGCCGAAAAGGUGCGGAUAAGCACCGUUCGCCCCUGCGCUGCUGUUCUUCGUUUCCCUUUCUCUCUCUCUCAGUUCUUCUCUGUAGAACUCCCCCCCGCGCCGAUCUCCUCCAUUUGCCACACAUUUGCAAAUCCAACCCACAGAAUCGGUAGAUCAUAGCAAUCUCCACCGGCCUACGGUGUUAUUUUUUGCUAUGGGAUAGUUUUUGAUGUGUAGAGGAGCAGCCAUGGUGGGGAGGAGGAGCCAUGGUGGAGAGGAGGACGGGUAGUAGGUGGUGGUGACUAGUAGCAGCAGCUGCAGAGGAGGAGGUGGUGAGGAGGAGGAGCAGGUUGGGGGCUGACCGGAGUUGAACCUCCGGUCGUCGGGGGCGGCGUUGUCGUUCUCCGGUGGUGCAAGUACUUCGCGAGGUGGCCGGUGCCGCUGAGUCAAAGAGAGAAGCAAGAAGCGGACACACACUUCGAAGAUAUGUCUUCGUAUCCGUUGCUUAAUGGUAACAUCGAUAGAAAGCACCGGGGCGCUCUUACGGAAGCGGGCAACAACUUAGACGUGUUGGUCACUCGUACCCCAAAGACUAACUGGCUGAUACACGAUUCAUGGGUUGAUAGGUUAAGUUGGGCUGGACUUCUACCCUUGGCACGGCUGGUUGAGGGUACAUUGGAUGAGUGGAUUGAUGGUCCGGACUUAGAUGAGGCAGGUGAACCAUUGCAGUUACACAAGAGGCAAGUGAGACGUUUCUCUUACGACAAGUCACUCCUUACCUGCUUAGUAGAUAGAUGGAGACCAGAAACACAUACGUUUCACUUUCCUUGGGGAGAGAUGGCGCCUACUUUACAGGAUGUGUCUUACUUGUUGGGAUUACCUCUGGCCGGUGCUGCCAUAGGUCCCUUAGAGGCAGAAUCUGGGUGGCAAGCAGCGAUGCAGACCCGUUUUUUGGCUGCAGUCCCGACUGCUAGGGCUAUAGACAACGAUCCUCAUGGACCUCUUUUUAGAUGGUUGAGCCAGUUUCAGAUUGUCUCGUUAGGACAUCCCGACGUUCAGUUGUCGGAGGCUCAGAUUGACCGGUCCCUAGAGGCAUAUAUUCUUUGGCUAUUCGGCAAGACAAUGUUUACGGAGAACCACGUGACCACUGUCGAUGCACGACUCAUCGGUAUUGCACGAGAGAUAGCUGACGCACGUUGCCCUGCGGAUAUUCUACAGAGGAGUUUUGGUUCUGCUGUGUUGGCGGCUACGUACAGAGGCCUGUGCAAAGCUUGCUUGUUGAAGUCUAGAAAAUCUAGUCUUGUUGGAUGUCCAUUAUUGUUGCAGCUUUGGUCAUACGAGAGGUUCCCUAUUGGACGACCCUAUGUCUACAUUGAUAAACCUUUUGGUUUGGAGGACUUAGCUGGGACUUAUGUGCCUGCUAUCGGCGACUUACCUACUAUGGGAUCUGUUUGGACACGGCGAGAGUUUGCGCAUACUCAGGUUAGGGGAUGCUACCCGUCCUUCAUGGCGCAGUUUGAUAGUUUGCACGAGGAUCAAGUUAUUUGGGAGCCAUACUCGCCUCAGGCUAUAUCAUCGAGGUACCCAGUUGGGAUUUCUGGAUUGUGCACUAGAGAUCGGCACUUUUGGAUGACCAAGGCCAAGUUGGUGUUCGACGUGACGGUUGAGGAGAUGUCUCUUCAUAGGGUGAUGAGACAGUUCGGUCUAUAUCAAGAGCCUGCGAUUCCAGAUAUUCCACACUUGCCAGACCACGUGCACAAGGACAGUCGCCUAGGAGGAAACAAGUCCAUGACUUAUUGGCUUGAGAGCAUUACCCCUUACGUUGACGAAUGGACUACCGCUGCGACAAAUAUCUGGGGUGAGGUUCGGCCCUUUAACUGGGAAAUGUUUGGGUUGUAUCUGCAGCGUUACCGGCAUACAACGAGGAUCUACUUGGUUCCAUCAGCUGCUACUGAUCAGAUCGAAGCCCCUCUCACCAGCGAUAUGUACCCAACUGCCUCUGUUGUGGGAACCAGACACCACGCGGGUGACUUGACAGUACAGGCGCGAGAGGAGGUUUCCGCUUUAAUGCGGCGCUUUCAGAGGGGAGAAACUAUCCCACCGCGAGAGGGCGUCUCAUGGUUGAGGCGUCUUGAUGACAAGCUACGCGGGAUUUACGCAGCUGUUACGUGUAGACGGACUUCGGAUGUUGCACUUCCUCCUCCAGCACAUCGUCCGCCACGUCCCUCUGUACAACAUUCAGAACCACGACCCUCUGUGCACCGUUCAGAACCACGACCCUCUGUGCAUCGUGCAGAACCUCAUCCUUCACAGCCAGGGAGAUCUUCCUGGCAUGAGCCACCUCCUUCACAGCCAGGGAGAUCUUCCUGGCAUGAGCCACCUCCUUCACAGCCAGGGAGCUCUUCCUGGCAUGAGCCACCUCCUUCACAGCCAGGGAGCUCUUCCUGGCAUGAGCCACCUCCUUCACAGCCAGGGAGCUCUUCCUGGCAUGAGCCACCUCCUUCACAGCUAGGGAGCGCUUACUGGCAUCAGCAGAUGAAUCUAGGCGGCAACCAGUCGCAACCGUUCAUGCAUUCAGAGCAGUCACCGAUCCUUAGUGGUGGUGCUUCGUACUUUGAGGGCGACCGCGAGGAUGAUGACCAAGCUACAAACAUUUAUGGCUUCUCGCAGACAGUGUUUCACACUCCACCACCACCACCACCGACGCAGGAGACACAGACCGUGACAGACGAGUUACACUUCCAAAUAGACUACAACCGAUAA